CUCACUUAAUGUGUGUUACCUCAUUUCAACAGUUGCAACCAUUUUUGGAUAGUUUUUGGAGUACGCGUUUGGACCAAAAAGUUUUCUUAAGUUCUCCUUAAAACGUGUUUUCACCGUUUUGUCCGGUUGAACCAAAAAUAUUGUUACGACAAAUAUUAAAUUUAAAUCAACCACGAAAGUGUCCCAAACAGUCCAAGGUGCGGAUACAUGUUUCGGCAAUGUUGUUCAGUGUGACAACGUUGACUUUUGUUAUUUUAAGUGUAAAUACAAUUAAUACCAUUGGAGAGAAUCAAUUUAAUCAAGGAUCAUAUUUAACUUUAACCAAUGAUGAUGCCAAUCAGCCAACCAAUAAACGGAUUAAUCCAACUAGCUCUAAUGACGAUUCAAAAGAAAAUUUAAGUGACUCUUAUUCAUUUAAGAAACGUAAAUUACAACAAUUUAACAACGAUGACUUGGGCUUUAACUUGGCUCCACAAGUCGACUUCUUGCGAGACUUUACUCGGGUCAACUUGCCAGGAUUCCAGUCUUUCCCGUCUCCGCCUCGCAGUCAUUUACAACCGACAGACGAUACACCCGAUUACUCUGAUAUUGAAAGUUUCAGGGAAGUUGGUCCGGUCGAUGGAUCGUCUGAGGGAUUCCCUCAAUCGCCACCGUCACCACCGUCAUCACAACCUUCAAUAAACUUUCAACAGCCUGGUGUUCGAAAUACUGGUUCAUUCCAGCGAGUCCGUUUAUCGCCACCUCCACCACCACCUAAUCGUUCACCAGCCUUAGACUUACCAUCCAUUGCCUUUGCAAACGGACCAGGCUCAAGUCCUGCCUCAUCUCCAGGCUCUUCAUCACAGUUAGGACCAAGAUUCCAAAGGAUCAAUGUUCGCAGGCCAAAUUCGCCUGUUGCUGCUCCUCCGCCACAACCACAGCCAACCAGUUCACCAAACACUCCUUUCCGACGACUUCCAGUGUUUCGUACACCUGACCAGGAUAAUGUGAGGCGACCUUCGGUUAGUCUUUCAACGGAAGAUGAUCUUGCUCCUAGUGGACCACCGGUUAUUGGACAACCUUUACCGCCAGCUUUGGGAACUGAGUUUGCUGUUCCAUCGGUUACAAGUGCACCACUGCCAACUCAGCCACCUCGAACUCGACGAGUUCGUCCAACCACUGGUGGAUCCAGACGAAUAAGACCUGUUAAUGGUAACCGGAUAAGAUCAAGAGUACCAACUGAUGCUGUUGCACCGACAGCUGUUGUUGUUACUCGACCUCCACCAGCUACUCCAGUACCAAUUGGCUCUGAAGUACCUGAAGGUGAUCUUGAACGUAACCAGGAUACUCGUCGAAUCAGAGGUAGACGACCAGGUUCAUCACCUGGAGUUCCAUCGCCAACUCGUCCAACCUCACUUCGUGUUCGUCCUGUGCCAGGAAAUAAUUUGGAUGCACCAGUUGAUGAAGAAGUUAUUAAUAAUAAUGCUCUUGAUUCGGGUGACGCCGUUGAAUCAGGUUUCGGAUCUAAAUUGAAAGAUGAUGUAGUCACAUUUUCCGCCGGUUCUCCAGUUUCACCAAAUGGUCCAAUCGUUGUUGAUUAUUUGACAACAUUCACCUAUUUGACAACCGUUAUUCGUGGACCUCAUACACUUUUAACUAGCCGCGAAUCAGUUGCUUCAGUUCGUGUAACUCAACCUUAUGAUCCUUCAAUUGCAGAAAUCAUUUCUGCUUCAGGAGGAAAUAUCAGACCAACAAGAACCUCCAACUUAGGAACAAAGACGAAAGGACCAACAACUACCAUUGUAAAUGUUCAAUCAAAUGUCCAUAUUGCUGGCUUUGAACCAGUCCGAGGUGCACCUUCAAAAGCUCAAAUUGAAUUUUCUCGAACCCGCAAACCAGUCAUUGAAACUUCACAACGAGUUCCUAUCGGUAGACCCAAUGGAAUACAAGUUGGUGCUCUAUCAUCUAUUCCUAAAGCACUUCACACACAAUUCACUUACUUCUAUACAAUUCAUGAUGGUACUGCUACUCGGCGAUCAACUCGUUCGGAGGUAACAACAUCUCGGUUAACAGACCCUUCAGCUUUAGCAGCCCUUAAAUUGGAGACUUCAGUUAAUGCAGAUGGUUUAGUGGCCUUAAGCGGUGGCUCAUCAACAAUUAAUUUGGGUAAACGAGUUUUCGGUGGGUCAACAACGGAAGUUAAUCUGGCAAUGCAUACUUACCUUAAAUUAGAUGGAGUCUCAAAUGUUUUAAUUGAACCAACAGCAACACUCUCAGCAUCAUCUAACCGGUUAGCUACUGAUGAAAUUAACCUCAAACCAACUGAAGUUUUCACCCGAUUACCUGCUUCCAAUGAUUUACCCACUCUUGAUGCAUCAACACCUUUCCUAGAAUCAUCCUUCUCAGUCUCCGGUUCAUUUGGAGAGCCAACGGCAACCCCAUCAAUUGAAAAUCCAUCUUCAACGGCAACAUUCGGUCGAUCUCGAAGACCCCUUCGCGUUUCAAGCACUGCUCUUAACCCAGAUUCAAUCAGAUCUAAAGUUGUCACUGGUCGACCAGGACAGCGAGUACGAACUCGGCCAAACUUUAAUCGUGUUCAACGACCCAGAAUCAGUUCUUCCAUUGACUCACCUGAGGCUACUGAAUCACUUUUCUUGGAACCAUCUUCAUCAAUUGAUUUACCUCUAUCUUCAUCAUCUUAUAACGGUGCAAGUGAAACACCAUCGCUUGCCAUUCUCAGUUCAUCUCCUCUUCCUCCAACUGAAUCUGAUGGACUUGCAGUUUCAUCUACUGAAUUAGUUUCAUCUGAUUUGGUUAGCUCUUCUAUGAAACGAGUUGCUGUCACUGUUAGAAGACCUUAUGCUGGUGAUAGACUUAGAUCACGAAUUAGACGACCAAUCACUCCAUCCGAGACAACUGAACCCAAGUUUGUUGUGGUUACACGAACAGGACCCAUUGGUACUGCUCGACCCAAUAAAAAUAGAUUCCGAGUGGCAAGUAGAGUUGUCCGGCCACCAGGUUCAUCAGGAAGCGAAUCAGUCUCUUCGUCCAUAUUAUCAUCUGAAGAUGUUGAUUCAUCAGCUUCAAUUGAUUCAUCCAUUGAUCCAACUCGAUCUUCUGUUCUGGUUACCUACUUUACAACAACAACUCACACUAUACCAUAUGUUGUAUCAGAUUCUGGUCAAGACAAAACCCAUUUGACAACAAUUGAAAUAACAAACUCUCGAAUUGCAACCGAACCUUUAUCUUCAGCAAGUUAUGAAGUUAAUACUGAUGGAGUUACCCUUCUGGUCAGCAGUAAUUUGGAACCAACUGGUCCAGUUACAUUAGAGCCUACUCUGGUUACUGGGGCUGCUGUUUCAAUGAGAGAUGGUUUACAUUCAAGUGCAAUUGAUUCUAGUGACCUGGAAACACGAACCGUCUUCACCACAUAUACAUAUUUCACAACCUACUAUAAUGGACCAUCAUCAAUAGUCUCCUCAUCGGAACAAGUUGUAUCCAAUUUGGUUACUCAACAGCGAACAGCACCAUUACCAAAUAUUGUUGCCACAAAGAGUGAAUCAACAUCGGCAAAACCAAUCACAGUUGUUGAAACCAGUGAAAAGAUUGAAACAUCAACCAUUUACUCUACAUAUACUUACUUUGCAACCCUGUUUAAUGGAUCACGAUCAGUAAUUACACCAAUUGAAGAGACACGAAGUGAAAUAUUAACCCUUCGUGAACCAAUCAAAGUAACCAAAACCAUUUAUCCAUCAAGAACCGGUGACCCCGCUAAUCCACAAGGUUCCGUAUUUUCACGAACCUAUUACACAACUUAUACCAAAUUUUUGACUCAAGGAGAGCCACGAUCAACAAUUGCCUCUGAAGACGUCAUUUCAAAUGUGGUCACUUUCACUUUACCCAGCACUGGUCAACCAACACCUCCCUUAUCCACUGAUAAACUUGGUUUCUCAACAACCGAAACAAUUAAUCAAAUGUCCGCUUAUCCAUCGCUAUUGACAACUAAAUCAACUUACACAACAUUAACUCACUUUAUCACUCUCUUCUCUGGAAGUUCAACGAUAUUAUCUUCAAUUGAGGAAAUAUCACCCACAGUGGUUACCCAAUGGGCCGGAUCUACUGAAUCACCUGAUUCAACUAAGUCACGUUCACCUGCUCAAUUUGGUGCCAAUAUUGUUCGAACUCAAGCCGAUGGAGAGUCACUCAAAUCUUCUCGUGAUUUAAUGACUGCUCUUAUACCAUCCAUUUCAACUCUCCAUGUAACUCACACUUAUUACACCACAUUUUUCAAUGGUCAUACAUCAAUUGUUGCUUCAAGAACUGAAGCAACUUCAUCACUUGUCACCUUAUACGUACCAAACUCUUCAUCUGUUAAACCUGGUGCAUCUAAUCCCGUUAUUACUAUGUACAAAUCCAACUCUGUCGACUCUGAUUCAUCAGAUGCCAUGGUAACAUCUUAUGUUACCCUUUCUUCAUCUUUAUCACCAUCAUCGGCUUUACCAACAACUCCGUUGUAUUCAAUUGAUGGACAUGAAAGUGAAAAUGAAAAGCGUCACCAUCAUCAACAUCAACCGGAAGGAAUUGCACCAACAGCUUCUGUUAAUCCUUCCGUUCGAUUUGAAUCAACUCAACCAGGUCAAUUAGAGUCCAGUCUUUUCUCUCGUGUUGUUGAAAGCUUAAAAGCUUCUCAAGGAUUAUCUGAAGAUCAAAUUUCAUCAGUAAUUUUAUCCGCUGCCAGUUCAAUCGGUAAAUCAACAACCGUUAUUGGUGGAUCAACAGUCGUCUUUUUCCCUGAUCUUGUUUACAAACCAUCUGAAGCAGCUACUGGAUCGUCUAUUGCACCAACAGUGUCCACACCAACUGGAUCAACAACAGUUGCACCAGGUUCAUCUACAAUUAAACCUGGAACUGUGAUAGAGUUGAGUGAUUUACUUGGCGGUGGUUCAAAUGUCAAUCUUGCUGGAGGUUUAGGUGAUACAAUCAAAGAUAUUGUCAAUUUAAUUGCUAAAAACUCGGGUAAAAAUAAAACAUUAGCAGCUGUACCUACUGAUGAACGAAUCGAAUCAUCUAAAGUUGAACUUCCUAAGAGCGGUAUUACUGUGACAGGUGAUUCUGAACCAGUUUAUAUUCCACUUGGUGGUAAGGCUCGACCCAAUGAUACAGAGGAGCGAAUCUAUCAACCAGAGUUUGGUAUUGAAGUGGGUGAAGAUGGGCCAGGCGUAGUUUCCUCAUCUUCCUCUUCAUCAUCAUCUUCUUCAUCCGGAGAUUUAACACCAACAGAUAAUGAUGAUCUUGGUACCUAUGGAGGUGGUUAUCAACGCAAAAAUGAUGUUUACUUGAGGAAAAAGCAACCCGAAACAAAACUUGAAGGGUCAGUUGUUCCACCAGUUUCCUCUUCUGGAUCAACCGAGACAACACCAGGCUUAACUAGUAAAUUGUCUGAUCAAUCAGCUGGUUCAACGACAAUAUUUUUCACUGGAAAUGAAGCUUUAGAAUCAUCUAUCAGCAAUCCAAAUUCAGGUUCGAUUGAACCAACAUCAACCCGCUAUGUUACUUCAGUUGAUAGUAUGACUCGAACCUUGACUUUAACUACUACCAAAGUAUACUACACUAGAGAUUCACCUCUAACAAUCACAUCAGUAUUAACAACAACUAUUCCACCGCGAACAUUUGUGUCAACAAUAGUUGGAUCCCGAACCAUACUUGGAACAGCUGGUGAUCCAACCAAAACUGUUGACAUUGAGCCAUCAGUAUCAUCAGCAGAAGAGUCAGCGACAACCAUAACAACAACCACAUUAAUAUUCAAUUCAAUUACAACAACUGUUGUCCGUACUCUUGUAAUACCAACUCAAGGUAUUCAGCCCACUAAGCCAGCCACAACGCGAGUUCCAGUUACACAAAGACCCAGUCGAAGACCUUACACCCCAUUCCGUCCACCAGCUAGAUCAACCACACCUCCUUCAAUAUCAAUCAGGCCGUCAGGAUCACGAACACGAUCUCCAUAUUUACCCAAAAGACCAGUUACUCCACCACCAACUGGACCCAUUUCAACUUUACCUAGUGAUGUAAAGGUCGCCAAUACAACAAGUAAACCAUUAACAACACCAAAAGUGAUUGAUGAUGAUCAAUGCAAACCAUCAUGUAAUAUUGCAAACAAGGAAAUAUGUAAAGAAACUGAAAAUAUCUUCCGAUGUGAAUGUCGACCUGGCUUUGCUCGUAAAGAAGGCGAUGACAAAUGUGAAGAAUUGCAAAGUUAUGUUGUUGUGGUCAAAUUAAUGAAAGUCGGCGAAUCAUCUGUUUCUUAUAAAACUGAAUUAUCUGAUAAUGGUUCCAAUGAAUAUCAAAAGAUUGCCAAACUAACUCGAGAUGAAGUCGAAAAGGCUUACCGUAACACAACAAUCAAAGAAAAUUACAUUGGUGCUGAUGUAAAUUGUAUCAACAAAACAGCUGCUGGUGAGGAUGGAGUUUUGGUCAACUUGACUGUUCAUCUUGCUUCACGAGAUGAUUUAGAUGAAGGUGUCCUUAAGAUGGAACUAUCAAAAUCAUUAACAGAAACUGAAUCUCUGCCAAGUCCAUCAUCAAUUGUUGCUGAUGUUCAUGAAGUAAUGGACUUUGAUGAAUGUACCGAUGAAAAGUACAAUGAUUGUGAUCCAGCCGCCUAUUGUAUCAAUAAACCUGGAACCUAUAGAUGUGAAUGUAAAGGUGCUUACACCGAUAUGGAUCCCAACUUACCAGGUCGUCAUUGUGCUGCUGAAAUUAAAAAUUGUGAAGCUUGUCAUGGUCGUGGUGACUGUGUUCGCAGUGAAGAUGGUGAAAAGACAUCAUGUAAAUGCCAAAGGAUGUAUCUUGGCGAACGUUGUGAGAUUAACGGACUUCUUCUUGCAACAUUCCUGCCAAUAGCAGCCAUUUUGUCCAUUGUGUGUGUUUGCUGUAUCGUCUAUUGUUGUAGAAAGUACAAAAAGAAAAAUAAUUAUCCAAAAGGUUUUAAAAAUAUUGUUGCCUUUGCACCACCAACCAUCGGUGCCAAUACACUUGACCGUAAAGCCAUGUUAGAAACAUCAUCAGAGUCAAGUGAACAUUUUCGUCAUGCUUCACACGAUGGAACCAAUAAUAUGGGCGGUUAUGCCGGUAAUGGUUCCUCUAGACGUCACAUGUCCCAUGAUAUGAGCUUAGACCGUAGUUUAGGUCCAGUCGGUGGAUCUUUUGUCGCAAUGCCACCUCAAGUUACAAUACCUCGAGCCCGUCACAUUAAUCAGGUAAAUUAUGGUAUCCAUCGAGGACAAGUUUACAUGUGGUGAUACAAUAUACAUAUAAAUAUUCAUUAAUUAAUUAAUUGUGGGCUUCACUUUCAUCCUGUUCAUUAUCAUUACUACUUUUUUGUUGCGUUUUUUUCAUCAACUCAUCAAACAUCACCAAUCUUCAUCACAAUCAUCUUCAUUGUCAACAAUGUCUUCAUUGCUUACACACAACUCAUCUUGUGCAUGAAAUAUCAUCAUCUUCAACAACCAUUCAAUUGAUAUGAUCAUCACAUUAUCAUCGCCAUUAAAAUCAUUUCGUUUAAAUCAUUCCUUCACUAACGUCUUCCUUUCGCAUGAUUAAAAACACUUCACGUCCUUGUAAAUGCACAAACCUUGUUAGCACGCACAUACCUAUCUUCAUCCGAUUUUACCUCCUCAUCUCAAUCAUCUUCAUUCCAUCUCUUCCUUCCCGGGACUUCCUGCUUAGCGAAAGUACCUUUAAACAAUUUUGCGUUGAUGCACAUUUUUUCACGCAGAGAGGACAGAAAAAGCGCUUAAAAUUAACUUUAAACCCAUCAAGUGAAACAAACUGAUUUAAGCUACUCUUUAACAUGUUUACAAUUCCCAAUCAAGCCAGAAGCUGAUUUAUUAAUUUUUGAUUCACCAUCAGCUAUAUCAUCAUUAAUGUCUUUAAAUAUUUUAAUUAUUAUCAUUAUUAUUGAUAUAAUUUCCCACAACGCAAUUGCUAUAAAUUCAGGGCAAUUAGUUUCUUCUUAUUCUUACCAAUCAUCAAAAUUGACUUGUUAAACUACUAUUCAAUUUGACAGUUAAUAAUUUAUUAUUAUUUUACUUGAUAGGAUCAAACAAAAGAUAACAAAAACAAGUUAAUCGAUCUUUGAUCAAACUAAAUAAAGACGAUAGUUAAUGCUCAAUUUAUAUUUAUAUAAGUAGUUAUAUAUAUAAAUGAUUAAUGGACUAGUUAAUUAAUAUCUUGAUUGGGAAUUGUACAGUUUAAGUUUCACAUUUAAACACUAAAAAGUAAUAAACUAAAUUACUGACAUAUUGAGACAGAAAUAAGUAAACAGUGUUUUUCAUUCCAACAAUUUAAAUAGUGAUUCAAAUUUCGACAAUUGAAUGGCAGUUAUAAAUCUACUCGAUAGAUGUCACUGUUGACACAUUUUACCAGCAAAUUGUUUAUGUUAAUGCAACAGUUAAAUCUGUUGAAUUGUCAAUCAAAUUGAUCACAGUUUCAUCCGUCCCUUUCCUAAAUCAUCAUUUACCGUUUAACUCAUUUUAAUCAUCAACAAUCAAUCAAAAGUGCCACUGGAAUCGAAAGGAUCUUUGAUUAAAUCAAUGAGAAACAAUGUCUGUUAAUUUACUAUUUUUUUACACAAUUUUUUCGCAAAUUUUAUUUCUCAUUGUUUACAAUUGAAGAUCUAUUUGAUUCUCAAUUUAUCAUCUCUUUCCUUUCCUCUUCUCUUCUUUCACCCUUUCGAGUUUCACUCAAUUGAAUAUAGUUAAUAUUGUUACAAUUUACUAAUUAUAGAAAUCUCUAAACCAAAAGACUUGACGCAAAAAUAUCAAUGAAAUUUAGAUGUUGAUAUAUUGUUUUUAAAUUGCUUCACGAUUAAUGAGAUUCAAAUAAUCAAUUGAUAGUGAAGGUGAUUGUUGAUUAUCGAGUAAAUUGCAAUUUGGACUCAAAAUGAUCCGCUUUUCAUAUUUUUAAGAGCAUCACAAUUGUAAAACCCAACUGUUAAUCACUGACUAUCAAAUUGUUUCCCAAAUGCUUUGUUCCCCUCAUGAUUACCCUUUGAUUCUCAUUCCUUUUCAUCCCUUUUCUCAACCCUUUUCAUCUCUCUUCCAACCUUUAAACUUGAAAUCAAAAAAUAAAAUUUAAAACAUUUACAAAUUUU